GCACUGUACGUUGCGCCAUUGUCAUUUUAAUUAACUCCAUUAAAUUGAACUGUACGUUGCUCCAUUGUCAUUUCAACCAACUUCAUUAAAUUGAAAUGUACGUUGCGCCAUUGUCAUUUUAACCAGUGGCGUAGCUAGGCCAUUAUUACGUGUACGCCCGAACUGAGGGCCCAAACGGGUUCAGGACAUAGCAUUGAGGAUAGGACCUCCUGGUGGUGGAUUCGAGGAUGCGAAGCCCACAUGGCAGAAGCUAACGAGUUAUUGAGAAUAGGAUACCAUUCUGUCACUAAAUACUCUUCAAUAACAACAUCCUUUAGAGUCUAAUUUGUGUAUUUUUGUAAAUUUCGGAUCGUAAAUGGACACAUGAAAUAACUAGUUUUCAUAGAUGUUCAGGUGUAAUAUGAAAAUCCGUUAAGCGUUCCGUGGAUCCAUUUAUCAGUCAAAUACAGGAUUUAAGAAAAAUCUAACAUUUACUUCGGAUACUUUUUCUUGGUCUUAAAUAUUAGCUUCUGUCAAAGUUUCAAUACAAUCUAUGAAAGUUUACGAAUUUAUCAUGUCAAAAAAAUGUAUUCAAAGACCGGCUGUGAAUUGCAAAAAAAGUAAGUCCGUCUGUCAGUGUAAUACUAAAAAAUUGAAAAAGAUACGUUAAAAAUUUUGCUUCAGACAUAAAUCAUAAAAAAAGCUUCUGCCAAAGUUUUAUAAAAUUUGAUGAAGGUUUGACAAAGUAAUUGAUGUGUAAUAAACUUUAACCACAGACUACGUGUUAAGUGCAAAAACGAAUCUUUUUUAUCAGUAAAAUACGGGAAACUAAAAAUAUGUUUUCAUCAUUCAUGUCAUUAUGUCAUGUUAUUUAACCACAUACUGAUCCUAAAUGUUGACGCCGCCGAUGAGGACGACGAAAUCUAGGAUCGCUAUGUCUCGCAGGCUCGACAAAAAAUGCAAACCACAUAUCGAAUCUUAGCAGGUAAUGAAUUGCAUUAAAAAAAAAAAAGUGAAUAAAAUUCAUAGUAGAUUCAGACUUUGACAGAAAAUGAACAUAAUAUGAUACCAUUUUGUUCGAAAGUAAAUUUCGUCUUUUUUAUCUUCAAUUACAAGCCAACGAAGAAAUAAUUAAAAGCUCAUGUGCUUUUAACCAGUUUUUUUAAUGUAUUAAGGUUAAAAUAUUUGUUUCUCCAAAAUGCAAGUGCACGCCGGGCCUUUUGACGUAAACGUAGCUACGCGCCUGUUAACCAACUUCAUUAGAUUGAACUGUACGUUGCGCCAUUGUCAUUUUAACUAACUUCAUUAGAUUGAUCUGUACGUUGCGCCAUUGUCAUUUUAACCAACUUCAUUAGAUUGAUCUGUACGUUGCGCCAUUGUCAUUUUAACUAACUUCAUUAGAUUGAUCUGUACGUUGCGCCAUUGUCAUUUUAACCAACUUCAUUAGAUUGAACUGUACGUUGCGCCAUUGUCAUUUUAACUAACUUCAUUAGAUUGAUCUGUACGUUGCGCCAUUGUCAUUUUAACCAACUUCAUUAGAUUGAACUGUACGUUGCGCCAUUGUCAUUUUAACUAACUUCAUUAGAUUGAUCUGUACGUUGCGCCAUUGUCAUUUUAACCAACUUCAUUAGAUUGAUCUGUACGUUGCGCCAUUGUCAUUUUAACCAUCUGCAUUAGAAUGAUCUUUACGUUGCGCCAUUGUCAUUUUAACCAACUUCAUUAAAUUGAUCUGUACGUUGCGCCAUUGUCAUUUUAAUUUACUCCAUUAGAUUGAACUGUACGUUGCGCCAUUGUCAUUUUAACCAACUUCAUUAGAUUGAUCUGUACGUUGCGCCAUUGUUAUUUUAAUUUACUCCAUUAGAUUGAACUGUACGUUGCGCCAUUGUCAUUUUUACCAAUUUCAUUAGAUUGAACUGUACGUUGCGCCAUUGUCAUUAUAAUUAUAACUCCAUUAAAUUGAACUGUACGUUGCGCCAUUAUCAUUUUAAUUUCCUCCAUUAGAUUGAUCUGUACGUUGUGCCAUUGUCGGAUUGUCUGAUAACUCACUACAUGUUUAUAGAUAAUGUAACCAAAUAACGCUAGAGACAAUGUUGAAGGGAUGUGUGGAUGUUAAUACCACUGGUUCAUUAUUUUUAAAUACACUUGAUAAUUGAAUAUAAAGGACAAUUUAGACGAUAAAAUGUAUGAAACCAUUUUGCGACCUACAUUUUAGAAAAGAAAUCCAAUAUAGCUGUGUGAAGAAAAUUUAUCUUUUCUUUAAACGCCAAUUUCUAUAAAUAUAUUGUUUACGUGUGUGUGUGUGUUUUAUUGUUAUAUCUACAAUUUCUACCGAAAUAAUGCACUGUAAACCAACAACUUUACGGAACUUCGCAAGAACGAAAAUAUCUCGAAUAUAGACCGUCUCGAAUAUGUAAAACUUGGAUUUAUCCUUUAAAUACAUCAAGAAAUGUAGAAAAUCGCUUUAACAAAAAAAAAAAAAAAAAAAAAAAAAAAAUCGCCGCAAAGUCGGAUGAAAACUGAGAAACGCACGCGAAAUAAAGUAUCCGCAAAAAAUAUGUUUAAAUUUCGAUUGCCCUAAAUGGACCUACAUUGUGCGUGAAAACCAAUGAAAAAUAUUACAAGAGUUUACUGUACUUGAAUUGAACCACUGCAAUCAUAUGUUUUACUUUAAAUUUGUAAGAAAUACAUGCACAAUGUAUAAAGGUUGUGUAUAUAGACAAUUGAAAGCCAUUUGCGUUACGUAGAUAUAAAUAAGAAAAUGUGGUAUGGGUGCCAAUGAGACAACUCUCCAUCCAAGUCACAAUGUAUAAAAAGUUAACAGUUUUAGGUCAAAAUACGGCCUUCAGUAUAGUUCCGAAAAUUCCUCCCUCCAUCCCGAGCUACCAUACAGAACCUGCAUAUGGUUUUAGUUGUUAAUAUAUUCUCGACAAGUAUAUAUAUGACAUAUUUGCCACUGGACAUUAAGCAAGCAACAACAAUCAGUCAAUCUGUAGGUCUUUCUAACAUUUUUUUACUAAGGCACCUGAAAAUGUUAGAGGUAAAUUUCAUGUUCUCUUUGUGAAUUCAAUUUAAAAAAUUAUAUAUUAAACAUAAUCUUAAACAUUUUCUAUUAUUCUUUUUUUAGUGGGUGGGUUGGAAAUGCCCCCUAUAAAAUAAAGUGGUAGAACGUGGUCAAUUGAGUUAUCUAUUUAAAUAAGGAAUGUGUUUGUGAUAGUCAACUUUUCACACUGGAAACUCUAUACAAAAAUUUAUGACAAACCAUUCGAUUUGUCGUUCCCUACUGUUAAUUUUCCUUUUUUGGACGUUGCUAUUCCUUUUGGACCUUCCUUACGGUGUGUAUAUUUCCUAAUGCGUUCGCUAUGUACGUGUCGGUAGUGACUUUUUAGAUUUCAAUGAACGUUAUAUAUGUAUAACUGGCAAAUUAAUAAUUCGGGGAUUUCGUUUCCACAAAUUACUUAAAACCUUUAUUAAAUUGUUUAGUAGUAGAUACAAAUAUUUGGUUUUGAGGUUUUGAAGUUUGGCUUAAACUGUAGAAUUCUUAUUACAAACGGGACAUCACAUCCUUAUUUUAACGGGGAUGUCGUAUAUAGAGCCGUCAAUGUAGAUACGAUCCAAAUACCCCGUAGUGCAAUCUUUGAAUAUUGUUUUAUAGAUACUAGAUUUAUUUUGUUUUUUUAUAAAUUAAAACAUAACGGUUGCUAGUAAAUAUAAAAAAGAAGAUGUGGUAUGAUUGCCAAUGCAACAACUCUCCACAAGAGACCAAAUGACACAGAAAUUAACCACUAUAGGUCACCGUGCGGCCUUCAACAAUGAGCAAAGCCCAUACCGCACAGUAAGUAUGUAUUGCUAUACAGUUAUAAAAGAAUAUGGUCCUUCAUCCUGUCGAUACAAUGUUCUUAUAUUUUGGCAUUUAUCAGACUGUUUAUGACAUCUUCCCAUUAAAUUUAUUGGAAACUUAUUGAACUCAAGGAUGUACUUAGGUGAGAUUAAAAAAAGUCUAGAAUUUAAAAUUGAUACUAGAAGUCAUAAGAACGAAAGAAAAGAAAUCUAGAAUAAGCUUAAAUUUUGGUAAAUGUCCUUUUAUGAGCUAUUGAAGUCUUAUAUGAAAAGAAAAAUGGGUGUUAUGGGGCAAAAUUGUUUACCCUCUAUCGUAGGAAAAAAACCAAGGACUCCGAACAUCUGACAAAAAAUCCAAAACCUGACCUAAGUACAUCCUUAAGUCUGGGAGAACAUGAUUUAGUUAUUAAUUUAGUUGUAUUUGGUUUUGAACCAGAUUUCAGAAGCCGUGACUACCCUUAGAAUGGGGUGUUUUUCUUAAUGUUUGUUGUUUCAUAAACCUGAUUAUAUUUGGUUAAGAAUAACAAAGUUGUUGAAAGAAAACCGCUGUGCCGAAAAACGCCUUGAUAAAACAACAAACAAGCAUCAUAUACCGGACUAAAAAUAAUAAAUUAUCUUUAUUGUCAUGCACGUAUAAGCACAAAGGAUACUUUUGUGAAAUGCAAAUCAUUUAUAAACAGCAACAGAAACAAACAUUAUUUUUUUUUUAUUUGUUUUCACAAGUGUAUUUAAAAAGCAAACAUGCCUCCUCCAUGAAUGUUCGGUGUCUUCAGUAAGUUCAACAUCACUUAAUUGUUUUGACGAAUGAACACAAUUAUACCAGAUAUUAUGACAUUUAAAUCCUCCAUUAGUAGAAAAGCUAAACUUCACUUAGUAUUAUAUAUAUGUCAUUCACAUACCGGGAAAUAAAACACCAUGAUGUACUUGGGGAUUCUUAAAUGUUUCCUGUUAAAAUGUGUCCUUUUAAUUCAAAGUUAUAAAUAAAUAAAACAUAUAAUUGUGUGAAUGAGAGUAGUGUGUAGUUGAAAGCACACACAUUCCAAUAAAGGUAUUCAUAUGAAGAAGAAUUUUUUUAUUUUCUGUUUCAUCAUUUUUGUCGGUGCAGUGUUGCUAGAACUACUGCAAAUAAUCACGAUUUUCAGUCCUGGACCUCGAACAACAUUCUAUAUCCGAUCAUUCCUUGCGGAAUUAAGUAACAUGCGUGAGCGAUCUGCAUUAACUGCUAUCCAAAACAAAACUGCGCCAAAAAUACUUAUUCUGUGGUAUGCAAAGCAACCCUAUUUUAGCGGAAGUUUUAAUUUCACAGAUUGUAAAUAUUCAAACUGUAUCUUGACUGAAGACAAGAAAGUGCUUAAUACCAGCCAGGCAGUUUUAUUUGCCUAUCGGGAUAUGUGGAGCAACGUUCCCGUAAAAAAGAAUGGUCAAAUUUGGGUGAUUGUCAAUAUUGAAAGCCCUGCUUCGGAUUCAGAUUUAAGUCAUGUGUGGGAUAACAAAUUUGAUUGGAGCAUGACUUACAGACGGGACAGUGAAAUCCUAUUGAAUUAUAAAACCUUUAGGAGAACGCAUCCCUUGGAUAAAAAUUACCACGAGAUUUAUAAAAACAAAACGAAAUUAGUUGCGUGGGCGGUAAGCAAUUGCGGGUCAGCGUCAAAACGUGGCGAGUACGUCACAGAAUUGGAAAAAUAUAUCGAGGUUGAUAUUUAUGGAAGAUGUGGUAAAGCCCCUUGUCCCGCAGAAACUAUGCCAGGCUGUCACGAAGCUUUGUCUCAGAAGUAUAAGUUUUAUCUAGGAUUUGAAAAUAGUUUAUGCAAAGAUUAUGUAACUGAGAAAGUUUUCCACACUUUCCUAGACAAUAGUAAUGCAGUAUAUGUAGCCAGAACAGCACCGAAUGUAAAGUCAGUUUUACCUCCAAAAACUUAUAUAGAUGUUACUGAUUUCAAUAGUUCUAAACAUUUAGCCGAAUAUUUAUUAAACAUAGCAUCAAAUGAAAAUGAAUAUAUAUCAUAUCUUAAAGAAGCUGAUAAAUAUCAUAUAGACAAUGAAAGGAAUUAUUGGAGAGCAAUGUGUGAUUUAUGUGAAUUAAUGAAUACAUAUAAAACAAGAAACUUGACAUGGACUGGUAAAAAAUAUAACGACUGGUACCGUAAAAAUGUGUGCUUGUCUGACGAUGAAAUAACGAUAAAAAAAGAAAAUUGAAUGAAAA